UUCCCAAUUGAAAAGAAGCAAUUUGGUACAAAUCCGCAAAAAAAGCACAAAUAAAUCGAACGUUGAGCUCGCCUGCAGGGUAACUGCAAAUCAUGGAUGACGAUGAAGGGGGAGGGUUUAGACUGAACAAGAAUCUAUCGGACAAGGGCGGCGGCGGCGGCGGCGAAGUUGAUUACAAGACGACGGCGGGCACGGCAUGGUCGCACUCGUUCCUGAACCAGAAGCCGUGGCACCCACUCUCCUAUCCGAAUCAGCGCCGCAAGUGGAUCGCCGAGCAGACCCACGCCCAGAGGGAGCGCCGCGCAGAAGAGGUUGCUCGCGAGUAUGCACAGGAGCAGGAGUUUCUUCGGCAGACUGCACUUAUUUCCAAGAAAGAAAAAGAGAAGUUGGAAAUGAUGAAAGCUGUAAGCUUUAUGUAUGUCAAGCCUCCUGGUUAUAAUGCCGAAAGUGCUAAAGCGGCUGAGGUUGCCGACGAGAAAAAACCGCAGGAACCACCUCUAGACGACACCUCAUCUUCAGUGAAGACAGAAACCGAGCCCCCUGCAGUGGAGAAGAAGAAACGAAGGCCAAAAGAUGUUUUUGGUCGUGCUUUACCGACAGAAGAAGAAUUUGAAGUUCUAAAAAAUGCUCCAAAGUUAGAGACUGGAGUUGCUGGCAGGGUAAAACCAUUUGCAGUUGAAAUCCGCAAUGUGAAAUGUCUUAGAUGCAGUAACUUCGGCCACCAAAGUGGUGAUCGUGAAUGUCCAUUGAAAGAUGCUAUAAUGCCUAAUGAAGAAAACCGAUUGAAACGGGAUGACCCUUUAACAGCUAUCCAAGCCCAGACUGAUUGUGGCGAGCCUCUGAAAUGGGAGCUGAAACAGAAGCCGGGAAUGAGUCCUCCUCAUGGAGGAUUCAAUCUCGAUGACCCCAAUCAGCAGAUAGUUGCCGAGGACAUAUUCGACGAGUAUGGAGGAUUUCUUGGUGAAGCUAAUAUACCGGAUUUGCUAACAAACUUUUCCUCAAGCAAGACGAAGAAGAAAAAGAAGUCUAGUAAGAGCAAAAAGCAUAGAAGGAAGUCUUCUCCUGCAAAUAAUGAUACAAGAGAUGAACAAGGGAGUGAUGAGUCAUCAUCUUCUGGUGAGGAUAGGAGUAGAAAAUCAAGGAAGGUAAUACAUAAGAGGAAGAAAAGAAAGCAUUCAGAAUCGGAACCGGAACCGGAAUCGGAAUCGUCUGACGGUAAUAGGCAUCAUCGAACAAGGAGGAACAGCCACAAGCAUCGUGGUGACUCGGAUUCUGAUGAUCUGCGUAGGAGCAGCAGACAUCGGCAUCGGCGCGAGGAUUCCCACCACCAUCGGCGCGAGGAUUCCCACCGCGAUCGGCGCGAGGAUUCCCACCACCAUAAGCAUUCCCAUCGGCGUUGACGACAUCAUCGACGGAAUGACAUGAUGUCAUCGUUACAUCAGAGAAAGAUGUUUUCACAUGCAUCAGUUGUCUUUGUAAGCACUAUAAUCUUUUUUCUCCAUUUUUUAUUUCUUUCUUAUAAAUAACUCACGUUCCGAGUGAAUUCGGCGCCCGUGUAAUUUUUCGCAAACUACGUGGGAGAUGUAAAUUGUAUUAUUGUAUUAGGUAAGAGAUGCAAGUUUUUUUUAGGUUA